CUAAAGGAGUACAAAAGGUAGUAGUUAAAAAGAAUCUUACUCAUGAUAUGUAUGAAAAUUGUUUAAAAUCUCGAAAAGAAUGCAUGGUAAUAAUGCAUAGAUUAGGAAGUAAAGACCAUAUUAUUAGACUUCUUCGUUCAUCUAAAAUUAAUCCCGAUACACAACAGUUGGAAAAGUCUAUCAAAUCAAGAACACCACCAUCCCAUUUAGCUAAAGAGGAUAUCGAUUACAUAAUGUAUGUCAAGGAAUUAAAAG